AUGGAGUCUUCUCCACCGCCAGUCGAAUCUCGAACCCUGCCAUUAACCGCAGUAAACCUGCGUACGAUACCUCGAAUAGCCUCCUCUAUCGCCAAGUUUGUGGCCGAACAGCGACAAAAUGUUCGUCUAUACGCUGCCGACGCGCUAGACGUGCCGAAUUCCGCUGAUGUCACAUCAAAACGUAUACACGGCAACAAGAAGAGUAGUCCACUGCUCAAAUCACGGCUCGAGAUUCGCCAAGCGAGGGAAGCAGAGGCGGCAAAGGAGGCGCAUGUGGGAAGCGAGUCGAGACCCGCGAAGAAGACGCAUGUGCUUGAUCAAAAAGAAGCGCUUUACGGAGUUCGUGACGUUGUAGGAGCCAAAGCUACCGCGUCUCGCAAGCGGCGUCGUAUGGGCGACGGUGACGAAGAAUAUGAAGCUCGACUUGAAGAGCGUCGUGAGCGGAAGCGAGCGAGAAAAGCCAUCAUGGACCCGAAUGCGAAGAUGAGGAAUACUGGAGACGAUUUGGACGCUGAACAGAGUGAGAAGAAUGAUAAGAAGAAGGAAAAGAAGAAAAGAGCAAAAGGCGCCCUUGGAAUGACCUUGAUGGAAACGUUUACAGCAGCGAACGUGAAGAAAUCGUCCCGCCUCACCCUUCCACCCGUGGUUGGGCGUAUGUUCAAGAACUCAAAGGCCGGGAAUAUCAUCCAUUUGACAGGCAAGGAGAAUGCCCGCACAUGCAAACAAGACGCAUCUAAUGCACUGCGCAAGAUGAAAAAAGAAGAAACAAACCCCUGCGAUGUGUCGUUCGAUCGACUCGGUGCUCUUGCUCGACCUCGAAGUCACCAAUCCAAAUCAUGGGCAUUGGGAUCACAGCUUCCUGAUGAGGACGAAGAACUUGAGCCAGGGCGCUCUCAUUUGAGCAGAGGAUCCGUGGGUCCGGAAGUCCAGUCGUCACAUUCACCAAUUGGCGUUAUGAAGCUCCCCACUUAUUGGAACUUGACAUCAAAGACUGCAAAUGUUGGCAUUUUUGAGUGCCCAAGCUUCACUCAUGCUCAACUCACUGCGCGCGAAGGUAUUGGGCAAAGGGAUCAGGACGAAACGCUUGAAAGGACUACGGCGUCUCCUUACUUUGUUCGUCCCCUCGUCCAAAUUCCGGCCCGUAUUCUCCAAAAGGAAGUAUCUGACCAAGAAAUUCAAGAUUCGGCUCGACUCAAAGUCGGAACUCCCCUUGGGGGGGAUGGCGAGACGAUGCGCCAAGCUCGAGGUUGUGACGAAGAACUCACGAUGAAAGCUAUUCAGGAACAAGUCGGACGAAUGGAAGAGGGACAGGCGUUUCGUGAAAGUCCCAACUUGGAUGAAGAACCAUCUUUCACUUCCCUCGACCUCAUGCUCCGCCAGCACGACGAAGAGGAUGUUCUAUACAAUCGUACUUUCAGGCUUGAAUCCCUUAUGGCGAGAGAGUGGCUCGGAAACAUACUGGUCGGUGUGCAGGCGGAUCCCCAGGAAGUUGGCUACGAUGAUUCGGUUUACGCAAACAGUGUCAACACUGGCUCCCCUAUUGAAGAUAAGGCAAGAGAAACAUGCUUGAUGUCAGAAGAGCCUGGAGAUUCCUUCCUCGGAGUGCCACUGGACAACGAGUGUGGGGAAGAAGAAGUUGUUGAUGGCGAUGCAAUCUUCUACUCUGAUCAAGGCAACGACGCUGCCUCUAUGCUGGAUGAUCUACGCAGCAGCAAUGCACCCCAGGUCAAACCAGACUACGAAGCCCAAGCCAUUGAAUCACAAAGUGACACGGCCGGGGAUAUCCUUCCCUUUGUAUCCAGUCAACUUAUACUGCGUGGUCUUGGUGCUCCAGGCAUUGGCGAACGAUGGACAUCUCAGCCAGCGUCAACACUGGGUCAAAGCGUCCAAGAAAUCGAGAUUGCCGCCGCGAGGCGACUGAUAGGUCGUUGGUAG